GCGCUCGGAGUCAGUUGGCCGACAUGAGCCGCGCGCGUUGGGGCUCUCGGUGUUUGUUCGCUCGUUAAGGGUGGCAACGCGACCGGUGGCGUGCACCACUGUCCCGUGAGAUGUCCGCGGAUCAGCAAAACUACGCGACUCGCGACCCAUUCCAAUCGAAUAACACGUUUGAAAACACGUUCGUCGAAAGUGACGGCGGCAGAUAGUUUCUCGAAUCGUAAAAAGAAUCGAAUCAAGGGUAAAAAAAAAUUAAAUAAAUUGAAAUAGUGUAAAAGAGAUUGAAUCGUGAGAAGGGUGAAGGACGGGCCAGCUUCAGGUGAACCUGAACCAGUGUCAGUGCAGUGGGCUUCUCGAGUGUGGAUAAACGAGAAAAAGUGGUUUUCGGAAACAUUGAACCGUGUGUUGCUCGUUGGGGUGCAAGGUGGAUUUCCUUAGAGAAAACUGUUAAUUCUGGGAUUCCAACAGUUACAAGUGCAGUCCAUAACCACCAAGAGGUUUCACGGUGAAAGUGCAUCGCCACCAUUUUCUUUAAUUCAAUUUUCUUCGACGUAAGAUGAACGAAUGAUCGACGAACGACGGUGACACGUACGCGAUGAGGCCGAAAUCGUGUUCCCUGUUCCUGUUGUUCUGCGUGCUAUUGCCGGGACUGGUGCGCCCCUUCACAUCCGGCGAAGAAGGCGAGGACGCCGCGGAAGACGAAGAUUCCUAUCUCCUGGAAGAGGACGACGUACCUUCAGCGACAAUAGCCACCGACACGGAACUAAUCUCCGAGGCAGGAGGCCAUCUGCCCGUCUUUCUCACCGAACCAGUCGAUUCGUUUGUGGUGAAGAACAAACCGGCCACGUUACAUUGCAAGGCCGCACACGCGUUGCAGAUCUACUUCCGGUGCAACGACGCGAGGGCGGAAGAUUCGCAGCAACAGGAUUUCGUAGACCCUCACACCGGCACUAGAAUAGUCGACUGCGAAUUGAACGUAACCAGAGACCACAUCGAGGAAUAUUUUGGCAGAGACAAGUUCAAAUGCGAAUGUAUCGCAUGGUCUGGUUCCGGACAGAUUAAAAGUCAGCCUGCGACUGUCGAUGUUGCUUACCUGAAGAAGCAAUUCGAAUCUCCGCCGUACUCGGUAUCGGUGGAAGCAGGCCAGAGCACCGAACUCAGGUGUCUUCCUCCUGUGGGAGUGCCACCACCGAGGGUGUACUGGCUAAGAAAUAACGUCCCCGUCGACACGGAGUCGGACACGCUUUUAGUGUCUAGCGAGGGACACCUUCUGGUUGGCCAAGCGAAGCUAAGCCAUCAGGCGAAUUACACUUGUGUCGCAGAGAAUAUCGCGGCCAAGAGGCUUAGCGAGCCUGUCAGCCUCACAGUUUAUGUGAAGGGUGGAUGGUCCUCGUGGUCCGCAUGGUCCGAAUGUCACUCGAGAUGCGCGAAAGGUGGCCAGAAACGAACUCGAACGUGCACGAACCCCGCCCCCAUGAACGGGGGUCAGCCUUGCAUGGGCCCGUCUCAGCAGAAGAUGGACUGCAACAUCGCCUGUCCCGCCGGCACUCUGGAGGAGUUUACCAACGCUCUAGUGGUGGACGGAGGAUGGUCCAGAUGGUCGGCAUGGUCGGUGUGCGGCACCGACUGUACGCAUACAAGAAGAAGAUCCUGUGACGAGCCACCACCCAGCCACGGUGGACGACCUUGUCAAGGGAGGGACAUCAGCGUGGCGAAUUGCACCGGCGGCAUGUGCAACAAUGGCAACACGAAGAUGGGCGGCGCACACUUGACCGAGCAGGCGAACCGGCAGAUGGACGUGGCUCUGUACGGCGGCCUGACUAUCGCGUGCGCAGUAAUCGGUGGCCUGGCAUUUUUCUUAGCGAAGCUUUUGAGGCGCAAAGGUCGGGACCAUUCUCUUUACUCCAUGGCCCGUAACGAAUUCCAGCCGGAGUUCUUCCCGGACCAGGACAAGAAGCUGAGCCUACAGCCGGACGUAACAGCGACGAGCGUUCCGGCCUGUUACGAGUAUCCUUUCGACCCGAAGCUGUCGAUGUCGAGAUCCCUCUCCGAGCACCAUUACGACGUGCCCCACCUAUCGAUCGCUCCACAACCGUCGCCAAUGUCACCAACGCCAAGCACGUCGACGCAGGAAUCAUGCAGCGACAAACAGAUCCAUUCCGAUUGCGAGAACAGCGUCACUAGCUCGUACCCGUCAUCCGACUCGACGUACAACGUCGCCUCGGAGAGCGUUCGUUUACCGAAGCUUGAGACCGGAAACGUUGCUGGAGCGGCGGUAAACACACGUGGCGCGCUUUUGGUGCUUCCGGACGCGGGCAUAUCGAUGUCGGUGCCCGAGGGAGCCGUGCCGAAGCCACUCAGGGAGGAACUCUACUUGGCAGUGCUGAACGAGGAUCGCUUUAGGCCUCGAUUACCCGACGGUAUCACGCAACUAUCCGCGGUGGUGACCUGCGGCCCUUCAUCGGCGACUUUCAACAAACCAGUAAUCCUCCAGUUCGAGCACUGCGCGAUGCUUCACCCGGCAACGUGGGAGUUGAGCGUUUGGGCUAGCGAUGGUCUAAGCGUCGAGGACGGUACAGCGAUCGCCUCUUCCAAGGAUCAUCAAUCGAUCACGUGGACAAGAGUGUUAACGUUAGGCAACGAGACGAUCAACACACCGCUGUUCACGCAGCUGGACCACGCGGAAGCCUUCAUCGUGACGGAACAACUGAGAGGUUACGUUCUAGCUGGCCAAAGUUGCGAAAAUGUGAUUGCCACGAAGAGACUGCGGCUAGCGUUGUUCGCCAGCCAAGCAGGCCAAUGUUGCGUCCGAGUGUAUGCCGUGGAAGACACGAAGGCUGCCAUGAAGGCGAUCGUCGACAGAGAAUCUCAAAUUAGAGGUUACUUGCUGGAUAAGCCAAGAACCCUGCUGUUCCAAGACAACGGUGAAUCGCUCUGCGUCAGCCUCGAAGAAGUUGGCAACGAGUGGCAGAGCAAGUCGCCCACGGAACGGCAGGAGAUUUCGUUCAGGGACAUGUGGAACUGCCAGGAGAACACGAAACACGUAACUUUCGGGUUGGACACCGCGUUCGGACCUACCAGCAGCAGAAGCUACAAACUCCAAGUAUCGCAAGGGAACUCGGACACCAGGCAGGUGUUCAGGAUCGUGUACGACGGCGCGAAGCAAUUGAUCUCAUCCGGAAGCGUGACCAGACCGCUCAGAGAGGUGACUGUGGUCAGCAGCGGGCAUGCUAAUAACGCGACCACCGACUCCACCACCCUCAGACCGUUUCGGUUUACCAGGUCCCUAAGGAAACAGCUAUGCCAAUGCCUGGACCCACCGAACGCUCUUGGCAACGACUGGAGGAUGCUGGCGCAGAGGCUUCAAGUCGACAGGUACAUCAACUACUUCGCCACCAAGUCCAGUCCCACGGAGCAUAUCCUGGACCUGUGGGAAGCGAAACACCACGAGCCAACCGCGGUGACCGACCUCCUGAACCAUCUUCGAGUGAUGGGCAGAACCGACGCGGCCACGAUCCUGGAGGCCCAACUGGGUCCGUGGCUCUGAACGAACGGAACCUCGACGCCACGUGACGUUCCCUGUGGUGAGUGAAAGUCCAUGAACGAGCCGAGUGAACGAAAAAAGAAACGAAAAGUGGUGAACCGAACAUUGUUUUGGAGUGGAGAAGCCGGUUCUCCGGGACGGACUCAUCGAAACACUGCCUUAAUUUUGCGCGGGUCAAAACUGUCUCUCUCCCGCUUACCCCUUUUGUACAUAGAAAUUUUCGUCUCUUUCUUUUCCCUUAUUUUCUAUUUUGUUUCUUUUGUAAGAUGAACGUUGUUCGAGGCGACAUCGUCGGAUCUAUACGAAGAUCGUAUUGUAAUAAUCGUGAAACGAAGUAAACUAGAGACUAUACGUUUAGAUGGUUAUAUAUGUGUACAUAUCGUGCUAUGGACUGGCGAGCAAAUGCAAAUGGAUAUAUCCAUUUAGACGGAUGUUUAUAUAUAUAUAAAUAAAUAUAUAUAAAAAUAUAUAUAUAUAGUUAGAUAGAUAGAGAAACAUCGAGCAUGGAACGAACUACGAAAACGAAGAAAAGAAAAAUCGUUCCAACGCGGUGAAAGAAGUAAAACGAAAAAAAAAAAGAAACGAACGAGAUAAGGUAAGGAGGGAAAAAUGGAAGAUGUUUUUAUCGAUUUGUUAUAUACGGAUGCACGAGCACACACGCGAGUGGCCACCGGUUUCCUGGAAGGAUGAUCGUGCCAAAAUUCUCACUCUCGGUUUCGAAACCCACGAACCCGUUUCCGUUGAAGUUUGUAUUCAGAUGUUUGUUAAAAAGUAUGCGUCUGUGGUUUCUUUCGUGCACAUCGACAAUACCAUUGCCCCGUGGCCCGUUCAACCCUCGAACAACACGACGAGGGAUAAUGCACGCUCGCGCGCGCACACCCGAACGGGGCGGAAGUUCGAUCGCGUAGAAAACGAUCUCUAUUCGCGGUAAAAAUCGGAUAAUUUUUAAAUCGAUGCAAGUUUAUUUGGAAGAAUUGUAUAUUUGUUACUUUCGACGAAUAAAAUAUUCUUGUAUACCUCGA